AUGUAUGGCACGACCGACAACUACAACACCGAGUACACCGAACGCUUACAUAUUGACCUCACGAAGGAUGCUUACAGGGCUACCAACCAUAAAGACGAGUAUAGUCAAAUGACGCUCUGGCUCGAAAGACGUGAGAAGAUGUUGUGGCAUGAUAACUUUGUUAAGUGGCGUCUGGUUGGUGAUCUUGCCUCGCAAGAAAGGCCACCACCAGACAUGGAUUAUCGUCGGGCAAUCAAGAUGACGAAACACCCGACCGUCAGACGUGUUCCAUUGGAUCACAUUGUGCAGGACUAUGGCGCCACUUUUUUCACAGCAGCAUUGGCUCGUUAUGUGGUUGGCAGGAAUCAACCUGGUUUAUCUGCAGCGCAACUGGAACGAGAGGCUGCUCAUAUCAUUCUUCCCUUUGAUGCUGUGGCUACAUUCCACAGGAUCAAAUUUCACGCAAUCGAUGCUCACGGGUUCCAGGACUCGAGUGUAACAGUAGAUUCUGUGCAUUCUCAACCAUCGCGAAAGGACAAGAGAGGGCACACGAUCCCCGCACGCUUUGAUACUGUUUUGGUCAACGAAGGGGAUGGUGGGAUAACGGGCGUGAAUGGAUACCGUGUUGCGCAAGUUCGCGUCGUCUUCACGCUGACAAGUCAAGCUACAAAUUUGUUAUUCCCCGCUGGACCUCUAAAACCACCCGCCCACCUUGCGUAUGUGGAAUGGUUCACACCCUUCCAGCAACCUGAAUCACACCAUGGGCUGUACAAAAUUUGCCGUCUGAUGCGUCAUGGAGAGCGUCUUGCAAGCAUUAUCGAUGUAUCGGACAUCCGCAGGAGUGUUCAUCUUUUUCCAAAUUUCGGCGCAGUAGUACCUCGUGAAUGGACGAGCAGUACCGUUCUGGAGCUCUGUCCCAGCUUCUUUUACUCCUCCGAAAAAUUCGACCGAGACUUCAACUCGGACAUGUACGGCGGGAUCUAUCGGACAUUGGUUGGCAUGUUGAAUGGCAUCUUCAAGGCCAGCGAGCGCAAAUUUCACGUACUCGUACACUCGCUGUACAAGUCUGUCUAUGGGUCGAAGCGCAAGACUGAAGAACCUAGCGCAGCCGAUAGUCUCAUGUUCCUCGAUAUUGAUGGUAUGGCGGAGGACUGA